CUGGUGCACGCAGCCCCAGGCCAGUUUCCUGAACCCUCAGCCUUGGGGGAAGGUAAGGAGGCAUUGCUCCCGCCGGGAGGAUGCUGGCUGGCGCUGUGGCCCUCUCUCCUCUCCCCACCCCUUCCAGAUCCAGGCUAAAGGCAGCCAAUCAGGAUCCUGGGCUUGUAAGGCUUGGGGAUGGGCAUCUUAUCUUGGGUUCCCCACAUAGGCUCCUGCAGCUGCCCCUUCCUUCCCCUCAGGAUGGGAGAGAGGAAAGGACAUUGUAAGUGGGAAGCUGGAUGUGACCCUGAACCCAGUUCUGUCCUUGGGCAUGUCACAUAGCCUCUCUGAUCCCACUAAAGUGGGGAUAACCCCCCCACCUCAUGGGGUUUCUGGUAGGCCCUUGUCCUUCCUGGAUCUGCCCUACAGAUGAGGACAUUCUCCUCAACUUUCCUGAACCUCCUUUCUCCAGGCUUGGAGGGGGGACCCAAAUCCACAGGGGCUCCAGGUGGCUGUCUCAGGAUUAGAUACCCUGGUGGGAAUGGGGCUUCCGGCCCCAAUAUCAAUGUUUAACCGGAUGUGCAGGUCAAUAUUUACCAGAAGAGAAAGCAAUCUGAACAGGGGUUGGCUGAGAGCAAAGGUCCUAGUGGGAGGGGAGGGCUCAGCUGGGCUGGCUGGAGCCUGAGCAAAGUGUGGGGAGUACCCAAGUGGGGCCAGAGGGACACUGUGCAGCAGCGAGGAGCCUGCAGAGGUACGAGGGGAGGGGUGGCUUGACCUGCUCUUUGGGCAGGAGAGGAGGUAAGAGCUGUCCAUCUGGCUUAGGGGGUCUGGAGUGAAUUUAUUCAGAAGGCCUCUCAUUUCCCAGCCUCCUGGGGUGAUGAGGAGCCAAGAUGGGGGUUCUGGCAGGACUCUCUCUGGGACUUGGAAAACUAGAGGUCUUUUCUUGUCAGGAAGAUUCAAAAGCCCAGGUUGGAGAUCAGGGGCCCUGGCCAAGGGUCCUUGCGUGUGAUGGGGGUGGGGCCAGCGGUGAUAGAAGGCUCCCCUGGAAGGACUGGCCCUGAGAUGGGGGUGGGGUUGGAGUGUGUGGGACCUGCUCUGAGGCCAGACCAAGACCUGCCCAUCCCCACCUGCCAGUCUGGCUUCCUGGAGCCGACCUGGACAGAGUGGGGGGCAAGGCCUGUGUUUCCCGUAAGUCCAAAGGUGGCUCCAUCCAGAGCCAUUCAUUGGGCUCCGUGGCUGGGUCAACAACGCGGCUCUCCAGCCCACCCCACCAACCCUGCUGAGACUUCAGGGACUCACAGGCCUGUCCACCCUUGUGGUCAAGACCAGACCAGCCAGAAAAGGUGGGUCCGUGGACAGUGGGUUGGACAGGAGCUCUGGGAAAGGAGCCCCAGUAUACAGGAGGCUUCAGGGCAGGCUUCCCAGAAGAGGAGCCUUGGGCUGGGCUGACAACAGCCGUAUUACCGAGUGCCAGGCAUUGUAAUCGGGGCUCACAAAGACCGCCUUAUUUCGGUCCUCACAAUAUACUGUGGGAGGAGGCAGGGACUUUUGCUACCAUUUUGCAAGAAAAGGCAAAGCCCAGAGGGGUUAAAGGAGAUAUCUAAGGUCCUCUCGGAAGAGGCCGAGUCUGGAUUCAAAUCCACGGCUGACUCACAAGGCCAGGCCUUGAAGAAUGAGGACUUCUUCGGUUUUGGUAUUUCCCCUAUGAACCAAAACAUUUUCAGUGCACGAAAUGUGAAAAACUGGAAAAUACAGAGGGGUUAAAAACAAUUCAGGGGAGGGGCGCCUGGGUGGCUCAGUUGGUUAAGCAACUGCCUUCGGCUCGGGUCAUGAUCCUGGAGUCCCGGGAUCGAGUCCCACAUCGGGCUCCCUGCUCGGCGGGGAGUCUGCUUCUCCCUCUGACCCUCCUCCCUCUCGUGCUCUCUGUCUCUCAUUCUCUCUGUCUCAAAUAAAUAAAUAAAAUCUUAAAAAAAAAAAAAAAAAUCCAGGGGGACCUCCCACCCCACAGAGAUGGGAACCACGGCUCGUGUGUUUGGGGUGUGCUGGCGGUAGCUGGGUGUCCCCUCAGCGGGAGAGGCUCAGGAUCUGCCACGCCAGGCAGCGUGGGGGUGGGCUCCCACGCAGGAGUGCGGCCCGGUGGGAACAGAGGCUUCCUGUCCUGCACAGGAACAUGGUGCUGCUCCAGGGGCUCCUGGUGCUCAGCUUGUCCUGCCUGCAGGGUCCCGGCUUGCUGUUGUCUCCUGCCAGCGCCAUGGAGCCCUUGGACCAGCAGCUCAGGAGCGGGCAGACCCAGGAGAAGCUGCCCCCGCUUACCCUCCUCAAGUUGGGCAACCAGGAGGCCCGUGGCCAUACUGUCCUGAAGAAGUCCCCAAGAGACUGCAAGGGGGCCCCAACCCCGGAGCAGACCCGCAGGUUGGCCCAGGCUAUGAUGGCCUUCACCACAGACCUGUUCUCCCUGGUGGCCCAAAGGUCCACCAGCCCCAACCUCAUCCUGUCGCCUCUGAGCGUGGCCCUGGCACUGUCUCACCUGGCACUAGGUGCUCAGAACCAGACGCUGCGGAGGUUAGAGCAGGUGCUGCAUGCAGACUCAGGGCUCUGCCUGCCCCACCUGCUGAGCCGCCUCUGCCAGGACCUGGGCCCUGGGGCAUUCCGAUUGGCUGCCAGAAUGUACCUGCAGAAAGGAUUUCCCAUCAAAGAGGACUUCCUGGAACAAUCAGAACAGCUCUUUGGUGCAAAGCCCAUGAGCCUGACGGGAAGGAAAGGGGAUGAUCUGCUGAACAUCAACCAGUGGGUGAAGGAGGCUACAGAAGGGAAGAUUGAGGAUUUCCUCUCCGAGCUGCCAGAUGACACAGUGUUGCUUCUGCUCAAUGCCAUCCACUUCCAGGGUUUCUGGAGGAGCAAGUUUGAUCCAAGCCUCACCCAGCGAGACAGUUUCCACCUGAAUGAGCAGUUCACGGUACCAGUGGACAUGAUGCAGGCCCGCACGUACCCCCUGCGCUGGUUCCUGCUGGAGCAGCCUGAGAUACAGGUGGCUCAUUUCCCCUUCAAUAACAACAUGAGCUUUGUGGUCAUGAUGCCCACCCACUUUGAGUGGAAUGUGUCCCGGGUGCUGGCCAACGUGAGCUGGGACAUCCUGCACCAGCCCUCGCUUCGAGAGAAACCCACCAAGGUCCGGCUGCCCAGGCUGCAUCUCAACUACCAGUUGGACCUGGUGGCCACCCUCAGCCGGCUGGGCCUGCAGGAACUGUUCCAGGCCCCAGACCUGCGUGGGAUCUCUGACCAGAGCCUGGUGGUCUCCAGCGUGCAGCAUCAGUCCACGCUGGAGCUCAGCGAGGCCGGCGUGGAGGCGGCUGCUGCUACCAGCACGGCCAUGUCCCGCAUGUCCCUCUCCUCCUUCAGCGUGAACCGCCCCUUUCUCUUCUUCAUCCUCGAGGACACAACAAGCCUGCCCCUCUUCGUGGGCAGCGUGAGGAACCCUAACCCUAGUGCGCAGUGGGAGCGCAAGGAGCAGCAGGAUUCCCCGGAUAACAGGGACUACUUCCAGAACCUGAAAGCCUUCCCCCGUGGAGACAAGCCCUUCGGCCCUGACUUGAAACUCGCGCCCCCCUCAGAGGAGGAUUACCCCCAACUUCAUAGCCCCAAGUGAGAGGCCAGCGGCCAGCAUCCCGAGUCCCUGCCUGCAACAACCUCUCCACUCCUGGGACUCUUUCCAGAGGGCUCUGUGGGAUUAGGGCCGGGGCCGGGGUGGGCAGUCUGGGAGCGAGAGGGAGCCAUCCUCUCCCGUCCCCUCUCCGGGGGAGCUUGGGGUGCGUGGGGCCGGGACGAGGGCAGGCCUCGGGGAACCAUGGGCCUUGAUCCCACAUCAUUUCUUGCAAAGAGGCUCGGAGGCCGUCCUUGUUUGGGGCUUGGGCAGAGGGGCAGCUGUCGAUCCACUUUGGUCAGGAAGGUGGGUAGGUCGUUCCCGAAGCCGGCUGGGGCACUUCCACGUUUGUUUACCAGAGAGUGGGGGACAGGAGGGAUUGGAUUCCUUGGCUGGGGCGAGGAGCCUUGUCCGGCUCUGUGGGUAGGGGCCUCGCCUGGCACCUCACGGCUUCUGCCACCACCUGCCCCAGGCCCUCCAGCCUCCACCCGCCCUGAUGCUCUGCCAGCCAGCCUCCCCACAGAUACCAACAUUGCCAGGACUCUCCCUCCUCUUCUUCCUCGGCCAGGUGUCCCAGGGCCUGCGGGAGGGAGGGCAAUAGUCCCCUCAGGCUCUUUUGUAAAGUUUUUGUAGUGAUUUUUACGGCACCCGAAUAAAGAAUGAAUGGCCCUGGCUGCUUUGAUGUCACUAUUCUGGGCGGAGUGGGGGCGGCCCCCCCCCAAGGCGGGAGGAGGCCACAGGCUGCCCGGAGCCCCGCGCUGGGCCCCGAGAGCAGGCGGCCCGUCUCUGCCACGUCUGUUGUCGGCCGCUCGCCAGCCCGUCUGGGCGCAGCCCCCUCUGACCUCGCCACCCGCUCCACGGCCCCCUCCACGCCAGCCCGGCUCCGUUCUCAGCCGCCUCCUCUCUCGAGGCCGCAAGCAGCCAGCAACAAGGGUGGCUCAGAAUAGCGCUGGCCUCCCGGGGUGGGAGCAAACCGGCAGUUAGGGAGCUUGGGGAGUUUCUAAUCACAUGCCGGUCCUUCUGCCGGGGCCGCCGCCCGCCAGCCCAGGGGCGGGGGGGCGGGCCGCCGGGAGCAGCGGCAGGGUUUGGGGGAGGUGGUUGGGCGCAGCUUGGCCCCGGGCUGGGGGCCGCACGGGGGUCCACGCGGGUGGGCCCGUGUCUGCGAGGCCGGGUGUCCGCGUGGAGGGCAGUGGUCAAGAGCAAGGGCCUGGGCUGGACUCCUGCUUCUUACAGAGCAGCGG